AUGAAAUCAUCAACAGAAUCAUUAUCAUGGAGUAAUUUAAGAUGUGAACUAUUUCCAUGGUUAACACAAGCAAUACAACUGUUGGGUCAUCCUACAAUGACACCAGUUCAAGCUUCAACAAUACCAUUAUUAACUGGAAAUAAAGAUGUUAUAGUUGAAGCAGUAACAGGAUCUGGAAAAACAUUAGCAUUUGUUAUACCAGUUUUGGAGAAAAUAUCAAAAAGAUUAUAUGCUGAAGAUGAUGAAUAUGAACCAAUAAAGAGAAAUCAUGUUUUAGCAGUUAUAUUAUCACCAACUAGAGAAUUAGCUAAACAAAUUCAAAUGGUAUUUGAUCAAAUUUUGGUGUAUUCACCACAAGAUGAUGAUGAAGAACCAAUUAUAAGAACACAAUUAUUGGUUGGUUCACUAGGGAAUGUUCGUGAAGAUUUAGAUAAAUUUCAAGAAAAUCAACCACAAAUAUUAAUUGCAACACCUGGAAGAAUACUUGAUUUUAUGUCAUCCCCCAUUCCAAAAUUUUCAUCAUUAGAAAUUGUAAUAUUAGAUGAAGCAGAUAAAUUAUUAGAUUUUUCAUUUGAAACUGAUGUUAUAAGAAUAUUAAAAAAUUUACCAAAACAAAGAAGAACUGGAUUAUUUUCUGCAACUAUUUCUUCUGCAGGUGAUACAAUUUUUAGAACUGGUAUGAAUAAUCCAGUAAAGAUAAAAGUAAACACAAAAAAUUUCUUGGGUGAGCAACAAAAUGCUCCAAGUUCUUUGACUUUAUCUUAUAUGUUUGUUGAACCAAGUGAGAAAAUACGAACUUUAUUAACUAUAUUAAAAGAAUAUGAAUUUAAAAAGGUUAUUGUUUAUUUUCCAACCUGUACUUCUGUUAAACAUUUUUAUCAAAUUUUUAAUUACAUUGUUGGAGAUUCCAAUUUACAAUUUUUUUCAUUACAUGGACAAUUAACAACAAAAUCAAGAUUAAAAACUUUAGAAAAAUUUAUUCUUGGUAAUGACGUAAACACAAAAUAUGUAUUAAUGACUACAGAUGUUGCAGCAAGAGGAAUAGAUGUACCUGAUGUUGAUUUAGUUUUACAAAUUGAUCCACCAACUGAUCCUAAUGUAUUUUUACAUAGAUGUGGUAGAACAGGUAGAGCAAAUAAAGUUGGUAGAGCAAUAGUAUUUUUAAAUAAUCAAACUCAAGAAGAAGAUUAUAUUGGAUUUAUGGAAGUUAAAAAUAUUUUUAUGACUGAAUUAAAAUCACCAGUUUUAAAAUUUGAUAACCUCCCAAAAAAGAUUAGAAAAUAUAUGCUUGAAGAUAGAUCAAGACAUGAAUUAGCUAUAAAAUCUUAUGUUGGAUUUAUAAGAUAUUAUUCAAAACAUAUUGCAAGUUCAAUUUUUAGAUUAGCUACUUUAGAUUAUUUAGGUAUAGCUAAAAUGUAUGGAUUAUUAAGAUUACCAAAAAUGCCAGAAUCAAAAUAUAUAAAAAAUUUACCAAUUGAUGGUUGGUUGGGUGAUGUUAUUGAUAUGGAUACAUAUGCUUAUUCAGAUAAAUUACAAGAAAAAUCAAGAUUAGAAAAUUUAGAAAAUGAAAAACAGCUAAAAAUUGAUAAUGCUAAAAAACGAAAAGAGCUAAAGAUAAAAAAUGAAGCAUGGUCAAGUAAAACAGAACAUAAAGAAUCAAAACAUGAUAGAAAAGAAAAAUUAAAAAGAAAAAGAGAAGCUAUAGAAAAACAAAUUGAAAAUGAAGAAUUAAAUCAAGAAGAAACUCAAAAAGAUUGGAAAGAUAUGAUACGACAAAAGAAAAAGCAGAAAAUUUCUACAGUUCAAGGUUCAUUUGAUGAUUUAUAG